GAAGAGGGCAUAUCCGAUAUCUUCUGACAGUUUGGCUUCCAGACACACUGAGACUCUAAUACCAUCUCCAGUUUCCCUGUUCAACAGUCCUAUAUCACUAAAAAUGGUCCUGCAGGAGGGGCCUCAGGCCCAAGCGAUCACUGUGAGUCUCCAUGAGCUUAUUGAAGGCUCUGUUUCUUUUGAAACCCUUACAGAAGCUUUCGGUCCUUCUUCCUUGGGCAUUAUUGUGGUGAAAGACCUUGACGCGAGAUUCAAAGAGCUGCGGGCGCAGGUGCUGUCCAAUGCUUCCUACCUGGCUGCCCUUUCCGAGGGCGAAUUGGAGUCCCUCACGAGUGCCGAAGCGAAGUACCUGGUCGGCUGGUCUUGUGGAAAAGAGACCUUGCGCUCUGGUCACUACGACACGCUGAAAGGUUCGUACUAUGUGAACUGUGCUUUCUACCAGGAUCCAGACCUGCAAGGCGCUCCUGCAGAUGGGUUCCCAGAUCUGUCAGAGUACACGGCGCACAACAUCUGGCCGGCCAAGGACCGUCUUCCUACGUUCCGGAAGAGUGUCGAGGAGCUCUGCACGCUGAUCAUCGACACGGCUGCCCUCGUGGCACGCGCCUGCGAUCGCUAUGCCCUGGCCACCAUCGACGGGUACAAGGAGGGAUACAUCGAGCAUGUGGUCAAGACCAGCAUGACCACCAAAGCUCGUCUACUGCAUUAUUUCCCCUCCCCUGUCUCCCGCGACGCAGAGCCCGCCGCGGAGGGCGACGAUGACGACUGGUGCGCCACGCACCUCGACCACGGCUGCCUGACGGGUCUCACGUCGGCGAUGUUCAUUGACGAAGAUGCAAAUUCUCCGGCUGCCUUUGACGCAACCGCUACCAAACCUCUUCCAGAACUGGCCCAGUCUCCCGACCCAUCGGCUGGAUUGUAUAUCCGCUCGCGGACUGACCAGGUUGUCAAGGUCAACAUCCCCAAGGACUAUCUGGCUUUUCAGACGGGCGAGGCCCUGCAGCUCAUCACGCAGGGCAAGUUCCGCGCCGUACCGCAUUUUGUCAAGGGCGCCAAAACGACCGGCGGUGCCCAGAUCGCUAGGAAUACCCUCGCCGUUUUUACGCAGCCUAAUCUGGGAGAAGAGGUUGAGCCGGGCAAAACAUUUGCGGACUUUGCACGGGAGGUGGUGAAGCGGACGUACUAACAAGGAGCGACCGUAUAUAAAUAAAUGAUUCAUGGACUUGAUGAUAGAAUGAAAUAACCAUUAUAGUUAUAUACCUGCUACUCUACUUCCAAAAAGAAACAAAGGAA